AUGGCAACUACCCUCUUCGGUCUGCCCAAGGAAUAUGGCUACGUCGUCAUUGCGACCGCCAGCACCUGCUUCCUCGGCUUCUGGCAUGGCGCCCGCAUAGGCAUCUUCCGCAAGGCAGCUGGUGUACCGUACCCGAAGGCCUUCGCCGACAGUGGCGAUCUGGCCAGCGCCGAGACUGGAGACCAGAAGAAGAGGAUGUAUCUCUUCAACUGUGCCCAGCGUGCUCACGCCAACUACCUCGAGAACCAGCCCUCCGUCAUGAUCGCCAUGCUCAUUGCUGGUAUUCGCUUCCCACUGUGGUCUGCUGGUCUGGGUGCCUUUUGGAUGAUCAGCAGGGUGAUCUACGCAACGGGUUACACGAGCCCGAGCGGCACAAAAGGUGAGGGAAGACUGUACGGUAGCGGGUUCUGGUUUGCUCAGCUUGGUCUGUUUGGGCUUGCGGGGUGGACCGGCUACAAGAUGUUGUGA